CGUGAACUGCACUAAUAUGCGCAAAAAAACGUAAAUAGAAACAAGGCGCGAAAUUUGAAAUUCGAGAAAUCUUGUGUCUGGAAAACAGGCAUGGUUGAUCUUUUAAAACUCUAAAAAUCUGUAAGGAGGAACUGAAAUUAUUUGUUAGAGCCAAGAAACUGGAAAAAGGCUCAUUUCUGCUCCAAUUUUGUGAAGCACCAAUAUUGCAAGGAUCACUUUUUUAUCUUAUACAUAUCCUUCAAGAAUGCUGUCAAGGGCUACAAAGAUGACCAUCAAACAGGUCUCAAAAGAACUCCAAGAAGGCGUAAUCCAGUCGUCUGAAUUUUGCCAAGCCUCUCUGCAGAGGAUAAACAACACAAAAUACCUAAACAACUUUAUCACCGUUUCCAGCGAACUCGCCAAAAAUCAAGUUCAAUAUUCAGAAAAAUUAAUUAAAUCAGGCUCUGCUCGAAGUCCUUUGGAAGGUUUGCCGGUGGCUGUGAAAGACAAUUUCUGCACUAGUGGGGUGAGGACGACGUGUGCCUCAAAAAUGCUUGAAAACUUCAUCCCUUCGUACAACGCAACCGUAGUGCAGAAACUGAUCGACCACGGCGCCUGCAUUGUUGGCAAAACCAACAUGGAUGAAUUUGCCAUGGGUUCUGGAGCCGUGGACUCUGCAUUUGGGCCAACGAGGAAUGUGUGGAAAAGUCAAGUGGAAAAUUUAAACACAAAGGUUGACCCUGAGGACUGGUUUAUUGCUGGCGGCAGUUCCGGAGGCAGUGCAGCCGCCGUUGCCUCUGGCGCCUGUUUUGCGGCUCUGGGUUCCGACACUGGAGGUUCGACUCGGACGCCGGCCGCCUACUGUGGGGUUGUGGGGCUGAAGCCGACCUACGGCCUCCUGUCCAGGCAUGGACUCAUCCCCCUAGUCAAUUCGAUGGACGUUCCAGGCAUUGUGGCCAGGAACGUUGAAGACACAACUCUUAUUCUAAAUAUUUUGGCCGGAUGGGACUCGAAAGACUCGACAACGGUUUCAGAUCUGUUCGAACCAAUUGAUUUGGAGGAAAACUUCAGCUUGAGCCGGCUUACGGUGGGGAUACCCACAGAAUAUCACAACCCAGACGUCGACCAGCAAAUUUUGGACAUUUGGAGCGAUGUGGCUUCCUUAUUGGAAAGACUAGGCGCCAAAGUCAUUCCGGUUUCUCUUCCGCACACAAAAUACUCAAUUGCAUGCUACUCGAUUCUGAACCACUGCGAAGUGGCGAGCAACAUGGCCAGGUAUGACGGAAUCGAGUUUGGCUUUAGAGCUGCCGAAACCAAAUCGACUGAGGAAAUGUUUGCAGCCUCGAGGAGUCACGGCUUCAACCAGGUGGUGCGCGGCAGAAUUAUUUCCGGCAACUACUUUUUACUCAGCAGGAAUUACGAAAAUCACUUCAUGCAAGCGCUGAAGUUGCGGAGACUGAUUUCUGAGGACUUUUUGAAGGUCUGGGCCAAGGGCGUUGAUUUGCUCUUGUCGCCUGUGACCUUGGGUGAGGCGCCCAGGUACUCAGAUUUCAAACUCAAAGACAACAGGGAGCAGUGCGCCACGCAGGACUACUGCACCCAGCCAGCAAAUUUAGCAGGUUGUCCGGCAAUUUCAAUUCCAAUUCGACUGUCUAAGGGCGGAAUGCCUCUGGGGCUGCAACUUUUGGCCCCAAACUUCGGAGAGCGCAAUUUACUGAAUGUGGCCAGAAAAAUAGAGACCGAAGUGGAUUUCCCUACCCUCAUGCUAGACGACUGCCUGUGAUUUUUUAAUAUACAAUUUCAGAUUUAACUCAGGA